AUGCCCGACAGUCUUCUCACAAAUGCCACUCGACGCAAAGAAAAUCUCAUUGAGAAAGCAAAACAAAAUCUGGGAUUGAAUACAGAAAAAGUUCUGAGUCUUUUUGAAGUGUUCAAGUUGAUUGCCACUUUUCCGAUUUGGUAUCCAAAAUCACUCUACAACAAAGCACAAGAAAAAGGACCUUUGCCAAAAGAUUUUGAUUUCACCUAUGCACUCACG